AUGAAAAAUGGAACUCAUUUUCGCGCCAUAAUUUAUUACAACUUUCAGAGACAAUUAUCGCAACAAGUAUGCCUUGCUGAGUUACUGUCUGUUUUCGGCAACGAAGCACCACAUCAGUCGACAAGUUCCCGUUGGUAUGGAGAAUUCAAACGUGGAUGGGUGAGUCUUAGCGACGAUCCCAGGGUGGGUGCACCAAAAACGGCAGUCACCCAGGAAAUCGUCGAUGCCGUGCGCAAACUCAUGAUUAAAGAUAGACAUGUGACAUAUCGCGAGAUUGAGGCGUCCUUGAAGAUCUCAAAGACCUUAAUUCAAAAAAUUUUACAUGAAGAAUUAGGAGUAAGAAAAUUAGUUUCUCGUUGGAUACCCCACCUGUUGACUGACGAGCAGAAAGCAGCCAGGGUUAAUUGGUGCCAAAAAACGCUUGACCGUUUCAAUUCCGGAAACUCAAAAAAUCUGUACAGCAUUAAAAUACAUGUUUGGGUGUUCCAGGAUGAAGAAAAGCCAACAAAAGUCAUCCGUUCUCGAAGUGUUUCGAAAAAGAUGGUCACGAUAUUUGUAACUGUUACUGUGCAUUGGUAUACCAUCACUUGUUUGCCAAAAGUCAUCACCGAACUUCGAAAAAUCAACCCCGAAAGAAGAAUCAUUCUCCACCAAGACAAUGCAAAAUUAUUGGACCAUCCUCCAUAUAGUCCCGAUCUAAGUCCUAACGAUUUCUUUACUUUCCCGAAAAUUAAAAACAGACUGCGUGGUCAAAGGUUCCAGUCACCAGAAGAAGCAGUUGACACAUUCAAAAAUGCCGUUUUGGAUCCGCCAGCAAACGAGUGGAAUAAGUGCUUCGAAAAUUGUGUAGCAAAGGUUUUUGAAAAAGUUUUAUCUACUAGAACGAUUCGAUACCUCACAAAAUUCAAAAUUUUAAGUGAAAAUCAAUAUGGAUUUACAGAAGGGAAGGCUACAUCGGACGCAAUAACUAAAAUUGUAAAUCAAAUAUAUCAAAAUAUUGAUAACAGAAUCCCUUCAAUCUGCAUUUUUGUUGAUUUAAAGAAAGCUUUCGACACAGUUAAUCACAAAUUAUUAUUAGAAGCAUUGGAGAGAAUUGGUUUCAGAGGAAACGCGUACUCACUGAUCGAAAGUUAUUUGUCAAAUCGCCCACAAUCUGUGCAGAUAUCAGGAUCAUUUAGUAAAGAAAUGUAUAUUAAGUGUGGUGUCCCACAAAGAACUGUCUUAGGUCCGCUGUUAUUCAAUAUAUAUUUAAAUGAUAUUUUCCAAAUUAAUUGUGUUGGCAAAAUAACUAGUUUUGCAGAUGAUACUGCAAUAUUAUAUGAAGGCACUGACUGGUCUGAUCUGAAAAAUGUAAUUGAAAAUGAUUUUAUCAAAAUUAUUCGGUGGUUUAACAGUAGAAAAUUAAGCAUUAACUACUCUAAAACACAUUUUUUACCAUUUGGAUCUUAUGCUAGACAUCUGCCAAAUUACACAAAUUUCUCCUUCAAUAUUAAUGAUCAAAAAAUAUUUGUAUCCUACAAAAUUAAAUACCUUGGGAAUAUAUUGACAGAAAAAUAUCUUCAAACAUUAUACCAUGCACUGAUUGAGCCUCAUCUCACAUAUGGUAUAUUAGCAUGGGGAGCUGCAUGUUCCUCACAUAUCUAUAAUUUAGAUGUUUUUCAAAAAAGUAUUCUAAAAAUGAUAUUUAAAAAACCGAAACUUUAUCCCACUGAAAAAUUAUAUGCAGAUGUUCGAAUGUAUGAUAUAAGACAGCUUUAUUUCUUACACAGUAUCACUCACUACCAUAAAUUUGUAAACACCGACCAAAAAUUAAACAUAAUCAUUAUACCAGUAGUUCCUCAACCGCAUAAAUCUAUAAUGCAGCGAUCAUAUCUCUAUUUAGCGCCUAAAUUUUAUAAAAUUAUACCUAAAGACUUAAAAGAUUUACGUUUCGGAAAUUGUUUCAAAAGAAAUUUAAAAAAGUGGCUACAUUCUAUAUCUAGGACUGAAAUUCAUAAACUCAUAAAUACGAACAUCAACUAA